AUGACUUUAUGUGGGAAAGUAUUCACUGAAUAUGAGAUUGAAGCAUCUGCAACUAAGUUUUAUAAUAUUUUCAGGAAGCAACUUCAAAAUAUUCCUAAUAUAUCUCCAGAAGUACAUGGAGCUAGAGUGAUUGAAGGUGAUUGGGAGAGUAUUGGUUCUGUCAUACAAUGGAAAUAUACAAUAGAUGGAAGAGAAGAAAGUGCUAGAGAAAAAAUUGAGACUAUAGAUGAUGAGAAUAAGGUCAUCACGUAUAGUCACUUUGAUGGGGAAGUGAGUGAGAAUUACAAAAGUUUAAAGGGAACAUUAGAAGUGAUGGAUGAGGAAUAUGGUGCACUUGUGAGAUGGAGUUUUGAGUAUGAGAAACUAAAGGAGGAUAUUACAGGUGCAUUUCCUAAUUCAUACUUGGACCUUGUUUUAGAGGUCACAAAAGCUGUUGAUGCUCAUCUUGUCAAGGAAUAG